AUGAAUGAGGAGAUAAUGAAGAUAAAUCAGAUGCAAAGAAAGCAAAAUCAGGUUCUGAUUGGAAGAUGGAAUGCUGCUAAUGAAGAUAGAAUUACAAGUGCUGAGAACGAAAAGAAGAUGAGAAGGGAAUCGAUGCUAGAGUAUGAUGAUGAUCAAGAACUUUAUAUAAGAAUGUCAACCUCUCAGUUAACAGAAAGCCAAUUCAGCUUCAACAAGAAUAAGGGAGUACUCGCGGUGGUGCUGUCAGUUUCGAUAGCUGCACUACUUUUGUCUGCUGUAGCAUAUGCAUGUAGAAAGAAAGUGAAGAGGCUUAAUAAAAAGGGACGAGGAAGCAGGGCACCUACUCUUGAUAAAGAUCAUACGAGUGUUCAGAUGGAAAGCCUUGAUGAGCUACCUUUUUUUAGCCUGCAUAAAAUAGCCGAGGCCACCAAUAACUUUAACAUUGAUAAUAAGAUCGGAGAAGGUGGUUUUGGUCCAGUUUACAAGGGUGUGCUGGAAAACGGACGAGUAAUCGCUGUAAAGCGUCUCUCAGAAACAUCACAUCAAGGACUUGAUGAGUUCCAAAAUGAAGUCAUUUGUAUUGCCAAACUUCAGCAUCAGAAUCUUGUGAAGCUCCUUGGAUAUUGCAUUCAUGGAAAUGAAAGGAUUCUAAUUUAUGAGUACAUGGAAAACAAAAGCUUGGACUCAUUUUUAUUUGAUGAAACCAAAGGUUCAAUGCUUGACUGGCCUCGGCGCUUUCGCAUUAUCCAUGGUAAUAUCUUGCUGGACAGUGAAAUGAAUCCAAAAAUAUCAGACUUUGGCCUUGCUCGAAAGUUUGUAGGACAGGAUGCCAUGGCUAGGACAAAGAAGGUGGUUGAAACACAUGGUUACAUUUCUCCUGAGUAUGCAGUACAUGGCCGUUUCUCUAUAAAGUCGGAUGUAUUUAUAUCAGUCAAAUGUAAUUUUCCCCCACCUACUGUGCCAUGUACCUUGUGUGUGCCACUGGCCCCCACACCUCCCUCUAAUCCUCAACCGCCCCCACCUAUCAGUACGCCUUCGCCCCAACCUGAUGACACCAACUUCAUCAGCUCACCCCAAUCGACUUCAUCUGAAGACAGCCUUCCGGACAAUCCUCAUCCAAGCUCGUCAUCCUCUCCAACUUCACCUCAUAGCCCUCCUUCACCUCCUACCCAUGGGCAUCCCAUGAUCACUCGAGCCAAGGCCGGAAUUUUUAGACCUAAUCAUCGUGCAGACAUCUCCUAUGUGCAUGAUCAACCGUUACCCUCGGCUCUCUUUGCCUCUCGGGAUCCCACACACCAUUCCAAAGCCAUGGGCACCACCGAGUGGUUACGGGCCAUGCAAUCUGAAAUCUUUGGUGUUGUUGUGCUGGAGAUUGUGAGUGGGAAGAAAAACAGAGGGUUCUCUCAUGAGGCUCACAGUGAUAACCUUCUUGGACAUAAUCUCCUCACUAUCUUCUCCAUUAACAACGACCAUGGAGAUCAACGUCAUCCUUACCUUUACUUACAGCUAACCCAUUCACCAUUACCUUUCCGCCAUCAAACCCCCACACCAACAAUGGAGUUGCUCAUGACAUUCUCCCUUCUCUUUCUUCAACGCCACCUCCAUAUUCAAACACGGAUCUGA